CUAUUGGUUCGUGUAUUCCACGCGCUCUAUGAUUCGCGCUUUCUCUGUCAUUCAUUGUUUUCUCACCUCUUCUUCCUUCUCGUUCUCUUCUUCUACGCUUCUUCCGUCACAUCAAUUUCCAUCCAAAUCUCACUUUUUCCAAUUUUCUCUGAUUAAUCACAGCUAAACCCUUUAAAUUUAACGUUCGUUCAUAUAUUUCUUAUUAUAAUCAAGUGUUAAUUACGAUUAAAGAGAGAUUAAGGAAAAUUAACAACAAUGGCACAAGCAGUUGAAGAAUGGUACAAACAGAUGCCGGUGAUCACACGAUCUUAUCUCACUGCUGCAGUUGUCACCACCAUCGGAUGUUCCCUUGAGAUAAUUUCUCCGUAUCAUCUGUACUUGAACCCCAGAUUGGUUGUGAAGCAGUAUCAGUUUUGGCGUUUGGUUACUAAUUUCUUGUACUUCAGGAAGAUGGAUUUGGAUUUCUUGUUUCAUAUGUUUUUUCUUGCUCGGUACUGCAAGCUUCUUGAGGAGAACUCGUUCAGGGGAAGAACUGCCGAUUUUUUUUACAUGCUCUUAUUCGGUGCCUCUGUAUUGACUGGAAUUGUUCUCCUUGGGGGAAUGAUACCUUACUUGUCAGAGUCGUUUGCAAAAAUUAUAUUCCUCAGUAACUCAUUGACAUUUAUGAUGGUUUAUGUAUGGAGCAAACAGAAUCCCUUUAUUCACAUGAGCUUCCUAGGUCUCUUUACUUUCACUGCUGCCUACCUUCCAUGGGUUCUCUUGGGGUUCUCUGUCCUUGUUGGUGCUAGUGCUUGGGUAGAUCUACUGGGAAUGAUUGCUGGCCAUGCUUACUAUUUUCUUGAAGAUGUCUAUCCUCGGAUGACUGGUCGUCGCCCCCUUAAAACACCAUCUCUCAUCAAAGCCCUAUUUGCAGAUGACCCAGUUGUUGUUGCCCGGCCUGCCAAUGUUAGGUUUGCUGCCCCACAACCUGAAGAACUUCACCAAGAUUGAAUGAUCUUUGUCAGAAAAUACCCAGCAAAGUGGCCGAAGUUUGUGAUAUAUAGCUAUCUCUAUUUUCAAACCUUUUUCCGGGUGCAAUUGUUAGUUAUUACAUUUUAAGUUGCACCAUGUCGAAUGACCAAAGUUUUAACAGAAAUGAGACAACAGACUUCCUCUUUUCUGUUCUUGUAGAUAUAAUAUUACCAUUCCAUUUGUAGUCUUAUAGUCAUUUUAUUUUUAUGUUCUUAUUGCAUUGGAUGAAAGACUGCCCUGGGCAUCUAGUAGUUUCUCUAAAAUGAAAAUGCAUUUAAGAUCUAUUAUAUGAA